GGGCAAGGCCUUCUAGCCGCGGUGGGGCGGGGCUGUGGAUUUGAUUCUAAGUGUGCUGCAAAGUCCUUGGAGGGCUUGGGAGGGGUGACGCUAUUCGGUCUCCCCAGCAGCCCUGCCAGCAAGGCACGGCAGCCCCGCCCCCGAAUUGCACUGAGGAAGCUGAGGCUCUGAGGGUCCCUGUGUGCUGCCGUGGUCUGGGGCGCAGAGCGGCGGCUGGACUCUGGCUCCCAAAACUGCUCUUUGUGUGGGGUGCCGGGUGCGGCUACAAGUGCCCCCCACCCCCUGACCACAGUCGGAUACCCCUGGGCUUGCGGAGUGCCUUCCCCCAGGGACGACCUGUCUUGCAUCGUUUACUCUCAACAAACAUACUCGGACAUUAUGCUCCAUCUGAGCAUAAUUAUGCCAGAACUGUGCAGGGGGAGGAGACACAGGUAAGAAAGGCCAGUCCCAGCUCCCCCUCUCCAAGAAGCUGCUGGACCACAGGGUGCAGAACCUACACUGUCACCGUCCAGGAGGCAGGUGCCAGGAUGCCUGUGGCAUCCAGGAAGGCUCCCAGGGCAGGGUGACCACUGGAUCCUAAAAGCCUAUGGGCACUCAGCCAGGCUGACUUCUAGAAGGAUCCCAAAAGGUGGAGAGGGGGCUCCAGGCAGAGGGAACAGCACACACGGAUGCUCAGAGGCCAGCAAAUGCAGGCCAUCUGGGGAACCCUGGGUGAUGGGUGGGGCUGCAGUGCAGGAUCGGGGGAGCCGUGCCCACCGAGGAGCCUGGAGAGGGCAGCCCCUCCCGUCCCCUGGAGCUCAGUAUCCUCGUCCACCCAGUGCAGAGCACAGGGAAGCAGAGAGACCAGCGAUGGGGAGAGGCCUGGGAGGGCCCAGGCUGGUUGGCAGGUCCCAGCUGGCCACUUGUCCCUCCCGCCCUUGUCUGGGUGUGUGGGCGGCUCACAACCGGCGCUCAGAUGAGGAGAACGAAGAUGCAAUUUUCUCAUCUUUCCGUUCAGUACCUCUUAGGCACAUUUGCAAAAAUUGAUAACAAAGUUGCUUUAUGUACCCGCCUUUUUUUUUUUCUUGUAAGAAAUUAAAGAAAAAAGUGGAAGGAAGGAAAGAAGGAAGGGAGGGAGGGAGGAAAGGAGGGGAGGAAGAAAAUAAGGAAGAGAAAGAAGCAGAAGGAAGAAAGGGAUUGGGAGAAUUUUUUUUUUUUUUUUGGCCUUUUUCUGGUCCAAGUGGCCCCUAUAUUUGCAUUGUCUCACCCUUUGGAGUCACUGGCCUCCUGCCCUCUUUUUUGGGACCCCUCUGUCCUGGCCUUUUAACUGCUGUGUCUGUGUCAGCCUCUCCACAGCCUGGCAGCCCUGGCACAAGCCUGCUUCAGCCCCAGCCCCAGCUUCACUAGGAGGAGCUCAGAAAAGGACGGUUGCAUGAAUGAGCAGAGGUGAGCUGUGUUCCCAGGUCUCUGGACAGACUGGUAGAUCCGGACACGCCACUCCAUCAGUCCUGGCCCAGGGCCCCUUCCUGAGCCAAGGCCAGCCCCUUGGCAUUCUUCCAGCAAUGCUGAGUCCUGAGCGGAUGCGGACCCGCUCUGCAUGUGGCCCUGGACUAAAUGCUUCCUCCAUCAUCUCAGUACCGUGAAGCAGGUCAUGGCUUCCAGCUUGUCGGACCUGAGGCUCCAACAGAGGAAAUGACCAUCAGGGACCCUGCUCCAGACCCAUUACGGAGACUGAACCUUCACAGGGUGCGAACCUGCCUGGGACAGGGAAGCUUCUCUCUUUGAAGGGCUUUACAUUUGUCACAGAGAAAGUAAAGAUGACGACUUCGUCUAUCAGACGGCAGAUGAAAAACAUCGUGAACAAUUACUCGGAAGCUGAAAUAAAAGUCCGGGAAGCCACCUCCAACGACCCGUGGGGCCCGUCCAGCUCCCUGAUGACGGAGAUCGCGGACCUGACCUACAACGUGGUGGCCUUCUCGGAGAUCAUGAGCAUGGUGUGGAAACGGCUCAACGACCACGGCAAGAACUGGCGGCACGUGUACAAGGCACUGACGCUGCUCGACUACCUCAUCAAGACGGGCUCGGAGCGCGUGGCCCAGCAGUGCCGUGAGAACAUCUUCGCCAUCCAGACCCUGAAGGACUUCCAGUACGUCGACCGCGACGGCAAGGACCAGGGCGUCAACGUGCGCGAGAAGGCCAAGCAGCUGGUGGCCCUGCUGAAGGACGAGGAGCGGCUGAAGGCCGAGCGGGCCCAGGCGCUCAAGACCAAGGAACGCAUGGCCCAGGUGGCCACCGGCAUGGGCAGCAGCCAGCUCACCUUCGGCCGGGGCUCCAGCCAGCCCAACCUGUCCACCAGCUACUCAGAGCAGGAGUACGGCAAGGCCGGGGGGUCGCCGGCCUCCUACCACGGCUGGGCGCGUUUGGGGGCCCGUGUGGGUCGGCCGGUCCCUGGAGCAGGCGAGCAAGCCACCUCCCCACGGGUGUCCUCAGAGCUGGAGCAGGCGCGGCCGCAAACGAGCGGGGAAGAGGAGCUGCAGCUGCAGCUGGCGCUGGCCAUGAGCAGAGAGGUGGCCGAGCAGGACGUGCGGCCUGCCGUCGACGGGAGGUGCAGAACUCUCAUGGGGAAAAUGGAGCAGACGGACGGGCCAGCCCGUUGUAGUUCCUUGCUCCUGUCUUAUGGUGAAGACGCAGAAGAGCGCCUCAGGCGGGGAGAUGACCUCAGGUUGCAGAUGGCCUUGGAAGAAAGCCGCAGAGACACAGUUAAAUUUCCAAAAAAGAAAGAGCAUGGCUCCCACCCGCAGCAGACCACGCUGUUGGACCUGCUGGACGCUCUGCCCGGCGCGGGCCCUGCUGCCCCGAAGGCGGAGCCCUGGGGCCCUUCCGCUUCAGCCAGCCACACCAACCCCUGGGGUGCUCCGGCAGCCCCCGGCAGCACUUCGGACCCCUGGCCGUCAUUCGGUGCCAAGCCAGCCACCUCCGUCGACCCAUGGGGGGUGCCCACCGGAGCCGGCGCACGCUCCGUCCCCAAGGGCUCCGACCCCUGGGCCGCCCCGCAGCAGCCAGCCCCCAGUGCCGGGAAAGCCGCUGACCCCUGGGCCGCAGCGUCAGCCGCCAAGCCCGCGUCCCCCUCUGGGGCUUUUGAUCUCUUCAGUAAUUUGAAUGGUACAAUUAAAGAUGACUUUUCUGAAUUUGACAACCUCCGAACUUCAAAAAAAGCAGCCAAGGCGGCGUCUCCGCCGGCCCAGAACAGUGGAACUACCAGCCCCGACCCCUUUGAGUCCCAGCCCGCGACCGUGGCCUCAAGCAAGCCCAGCGGCACCCGGAAAACCCCCGAGUCCUUCCUGGGCCCCAACGCAGCCUUGGUGAACCUGGACUCGCUGGUGGCCAGGCCAGCCCCGCCGGCGCAGUCCCUCAACCCCUUCCUGGCCCCAGGUGCCACCGCGGCCUCAGCCCCGGUCAACCCCUUCCAGGUGAACCAGCCGCAGCCGCUGACGCUGAACCAGCUGCGGGGGAGCCCGGUGCUGGGGAGCAGCACGUCCUUCGGGCCCGGCCCGGCUGUGGAGCCCGUGGCUGUGGCCUCCGUGACGUCCGCAGCCUCCCACCCAGCCCUGGGGGCUGGCGGCUCCUCCCUGCCACCGCUGGGCCCCGCUGCGGUGAACAUGGUGGGCAGCCUGGGCGUCCCCCCAUCAGCAGCUCAGGCCACCGGCACAACCAACCCGUUCCUCCUCUAGUGUCCCCCCCCCGGGACCCGCCGCAGAGCAUCCGUGCCGAGGACGCCAGGCAGGGGCUCUCGCCUGUGGAAUGGGGUCUGAGAGUGGGGUGGGUGUGCAGAGGGUGUCUUUGCGGCCCUGGCCCUCAGCCUGAGGGUCGAGAGGUGGCGGGCUUAUUGAGGCGUCAUCACGCGGCACGUGGGUCCCCGAGCCUGUGUCGGGCGGGAGGACCCCUGACCCAGCCUGGCCGCAGGCCCGGCCCCCGUGGAGAUCCGCCAGCCCUCGGGGGCCUUGGGUGAGGAGGCGGCAGUGCUCAGUGCUGGCCCAGCCUCAGCCCCGGGCUUCUGGGAGCCCCCCUGCCCAGGACCUGGCCCCCACCCCCAGCCCUGGCGCCCCCCCGGGCGUGGACGGGGUGGAGUGCGGGCUCCCUCAGACACUGACCUUUGGGGGACGCGGUUGUGCGUAUUUUACUUUUCUUUGACUCGUGUGUGAGUUCAAAGUAAACGCCACCACCGUGGAACAACUCUUGACUUAAACCCACUAGAGCAAGCUUUAAACUAACCUGAGCGUAACCCUGCCACGUGCUCCAUGCUUGUACACGUUUGCACAGAUUUUGUUUAGUACAGUUUCAUAUUUGUUUGCAGAAUUAUCGAAUAGUCUUUUUUGGCUAAUAUUUUUAUAACGUCGUUCUUAUUUAACUGUCUAGUUUUGAUAGAAUUUGCCAGGUCUGGCUGGGUUAAGAUAUUGGCCGCGUCACGUUAGUGGUGUAAAUCCUCUUAUUUAUGGUUUUAACUCUGUAAGAAAAUUUAAAUAGGAAGAGACAAAAAAUGCCUUAUGGAAAAACUAAAGCAAAUUCUUUAUAGGAAAACAUAUGGGAAUUUGAUUAUGCAUAAAAGAUGUUUAUUUAAAAGGAAAAGAAAACUACAACAGUAACAAAAAAUCGUAGCCUCCAGUUGCCUUUCCCUUUAACUCCUUUUCCUGGUGGAUUACCAAACCGUUGACUUUCAGCCUUUUUGGCUAGAUCCUAAGAGAGAGGCUAUUUUUCUUACUGAUGAAGCAACGUGAAGAAAGUUAAAGACAAAAAAAAUCUAACAUAUGAAUGUGACUCACCAGGUUUUAUCAGCUAACUCCUUUCUGUGACUGAAGGCACGCAGUUAACAAGACUUCGUUUACAGUGGGAACGUGGGAAGGAGAGGCUUCUGGAACCCUGUGUCUGUGACCCCCUCUAUCUUACUCCACACUCAGGGUAGAGGUGGGGACAGCGGCGGGGGCGGCAUGUCGGGGGCAGCCCAGGCUGACAGGGGGAGGGCCCAGGGCUGGCCCCGACCUACGCACCCGCCCUCCAGACACCCGUUGCAACGUAGAAGUAAUCAUCUCUUACUUGGCAGAGGAAAAAAAAUCAUUCUCACCCAGAAGAGAUUUUUAGCGAACGUGCACUAAUCUUACCUCCCUCUCCCCUGCUUUCCUCACCCCGCCCACCACUAUAAAAAAGUAUUAGGUAAGUCACAAAUGAAAGACCAGAAGAGACUUGCUUCUCCCCAGAGCAGGGCCAUUUCCCCCCGAGUCCUGUCUGUUUGGUCAGCCGGCCUGGCGGGCACCUCAGUCUCACUCUACGUGGCGGACGUCUCACCUCUAGCACCAAGGGCAGCUGACAGCUGAGGGUCUCUCUCCUGGGGGGAUGGGGCCCCUCCCCCCUCUCUGGUUCCAGGAGCUCUGACCCUUGGCGCUGGGCACGGGAGGCUGACUCAGAACUGCCUGCUCAGGCCACUCCUGUUGCCAUGUAGAAGAGCUCACCUGUGCUCCUGCCUGGGGCUACCCCCGGCCCAGAGCUCCUGCCCAGCCCGACACCUGGGGCUGGACCAUGGGCUCCAGAGUCAUCCACGACGGCCCUUCCGGCCUCUCCCAGCAGCCUGGGGGAGGGUGGGGCAGGGCGGGGCUCGGGGCAAGGUGCUCCCCCGGGAGGUAGGGGCCGACCCCCUCACAGGGCACAGGACCACGCUACUGGGGUCAUGAUUCCUCGUGAGAGUGAGGGGCCCUUCCCGAUGGGACUUUAAGGCCCCGAUGUCACAGCCAGUGGCCCACCCAGGCCCAGGCAGACUCCCGCCCAGCUCCCGGCUCAGGCCCACCCCCAGGCGCCUCGUCCGUGUUGCCCGUUGCACUGAUCAUGAAGCCACUGGUGCUGCCACGCGUGUGGGACACAUGCCAUCAAGCUCCCUCCUGCCGGGCACCGUGGUAGGGGUGUUGCCCAGCCGUUUUCUCAGUCCCAGGGGCGGGUGGCCGGUUUGGAACUUGUGUUGACUGUUGAUACUUAUUUACUGUAUAAAUAUAAUUUAUCAUUUGUAUCACGA